GAUUACUCACUGCUAAGAGAAAACCUCAAUAAAAUCACAAAGGAUCAUUCAUGGUUAAUAUUAUGAUUGAUGUUUCGUCCAGGUGGGGGAUAGUGUCCCAAGGAGAAUAAUACCAAAAAGAAUCACAAAAAUCCCAAAUCAAAGUCACAACUUAGCACAAUACCAAUCCUGCCAAGUGAAGCAAUGACUGUAAUUGAGAAACAAAAGACACUCACUCUUCCCAUCCCUAUGCAUAAUAACAUUAUAAAAGGAGUUAAACCAUAACAAUGGUGGCCCCCCUUUUGGUGGGGUUUGCCCCUGCUAGCUUUUGCCUCUCUGUACUCUUUGCUUUACCUCUCUCCCCCUCUUUUUUAAUCUCUAUAACAACGACAAUAACAACUCUAAAAAAGCCCCCAUCCAUUGCCCCCAACACCAGGUUUGUUUAUUUCAUUUUCUCCCAAUCAAAUCCCAAUUCCCCUUCUAUCCAAUAGCAACUUAUUUGGAAAGAAAGAAGGUAAAAAGGAAGUCCUGAGCGGCUGAACCUUCCCAAGGCCAAAAACGCAAAACAAAACAGAACCGACGAUAAUUUGUUCUUUCUCUCUCUUCUGUUGCAUUAAAUGCCCCAUUCAGACAGACUCAGGUCUUUUACUUGAAUGGUAUUCCUACUUAACUGGCCAGCUCUAAUUUUUUUUCUCGUAUCCACCGCCAUUUUUAAUGGUACAAUCGCUGAUGCCAAUGCUGCAUGCUAAAAGACAAUAAAACACAGGCAAAAAUAUAAAACUAUAGAGGGGACGCAUUCAAUACCAUUUCAUGGCAACAGCAACAACCACAACAACAUCAAUUUCUACAAAACCAUCAUCUGCUCAGCUUAAAGUCCAAGUCCAACCCAUCAAGCCCAAACGCCGCAAGUGUAAAGAAACCACCAUAUCUUCCUCUGCUUCCACGGCUGCUGCUCCUGCUGCUACCACUGCCACUAUAAACAACUACUCAGAGUCGGAUUUUUCUGGUGUUUUGGCCCGGAAAGUUGACCGACCCACCAUUGUUUCCCCUGAUAGCUCUUGGUGCUGUCCUGCUUCCAAACCCCUUCCAACUCCCCCACCUCCCCCUCCUUCUCCUCCUCCGCUUCCUCCGCAAGCCCGCCUUGUUACGCAUAAGGGUUUAACGGAUUCUUUACCGGGUUUCAAGAUCCGAUAUUCUCCAGGCAGUGUGUCACCCGUCAUGGACUUUACGGGCGGGAUAACGCUCUCCAAUGGUCACUCUCCUUCGAGUUUCACCAAGUUCAACUCUGCCCUCACGGCGGGUCUUUUAAACCCGAUGUCCCCGCCGCCUCCAAUGGACAAGAUACGAUCCAGCCCGACCCUUUUCGAAAUGAUGGCCAACGAGCCCGAUAUUCACCCAAGAACCCAAACCCAGAACCAAGUUCAAACCCAAGUACCCAUUUCAGCUCCAAGACAGAAUCAACCCCCGCCUGUCAUUGAUAAGCAGGCAUUGGCCAUGCAACGAAUUUCGGAUCUUUUGUCGACCCGGAGCCCUGGGAACCAGUUUAACGAUCCGGGUUCGAGUGAUAUAAAGCUGACUUUGAGUUCCAAAGAUGGGAUUAGUGUGUCAAUGAACGUGCAUAGGCAAAUACUGCUGGCUCACAGUAGGUUUUUUGCAGUAAAGUUAUCUGAUCGAUGGGCAAAGCAGCAACGGAAUGGAUCAGGUGGGCCGUACAUUGUGGAAAUAGCAGACUGUGAUGACGUGGAGGUUUACAUAGAGACCUUGAGAUUGAUGUAUUGUAAAGAUUUGAGGAAGAAGUUAAUGAGGGAGGAUGUUUCUAAGGUUCUUGGAAUUUUGAAGGUUUCAGCUGCAAUUGGAUUUGAUGCUGGGGUUCUGUCUUGUUUGGAGUACUUGGAAGCCGCUCCUUGGGCUGAGGAUGAAGAAGAGAAGGUGGCUGCUUUAUUGGCAGAGCUCCGCCUUGAAAAUGUUGGAGCUGGGGAAGUUUUGAAGAGGGUUUCUGUUGAAGUUACUAAUGGAACUGAUGAGGGUGGCGAUAAUGAAGAAGUGCUUCUCAAGCUUUUGCAUGUGGUUCUUGAAGGCAAAGAUGAGAAGGCAAGGCGUGAAAUGAAAGAAUUGGUCUCCAAGAUGCUUCAUGAGAAUUCAUCUCAGAAUGAUCUUCGGAAAGAGUCCUUGUAUUUAGCCUGCGAUGGCUGUCUGGAACUGCUUCAACAGCAUUUUCUCCGAGCAGCUUCAUCUGAUUUGAAGGAUGUGAGUCAGAUUGCAAGACAAGCAGAUAAUUUGCACUGGAUUUUGGACAUUUUGAUUGAUAGGCAGAUUGCUGAGGAUUUUCUAAAAUCAUGGGCUUCUCAAUCUCAAUUAUCUGAUGCUCACUCUAAAGUCCCAGCUGUCCAUAGGUAUGAGGUCAGCAGAGUUACUGCACGGCUAUUUGUGGGAAUUGGAAAGGGGCAGUUAUUGGCAUCAAAGGAAGUGAGGUUCCUGCUUUUACAAACAUGGUUGGUGCCAUUUUAUGAUGAUUUUAGGUGGAUGAGGAGGGCAUCAAAAGGCCUUGAUAAACAUUUAAUUGAGGAUGGUCUUAGUAACACAAUUCUCACUUUGCCUCUGGCUUGGCAACAGGAAAUUUUGCUUGCUUGGUUUGAUAGAUUCUUGAACUCUGGUGAAGAUUGUCCUAACAUUCGAAGAGGUUUUGAAGUUUGGUGGAGGAGGGCUUUCUGGCGACGCAGUAAUGAACAAGAACUACCAAGGCAAUUACAAGUUACAACUGCAACCGAUGAGAACCAAUAAAGUUCCUAUUUCCAUGGUGCAGAAUCGGUACUUUAAUGGUUCUGUUUCUUGUUCUGUUUUCGGAAUGCUUUGGUCUUCAUUCUACACUGAUGGCUUAUUCAUCUUCUUCCUCUCUAAACCGGGCUCACAAUUGUUUGUGGAGGAAUUGAGUUCUCAUAGGUUGAUAAUGUGUUUGUUUAACAUAAAUGUAACCAGGUUUAGUCUGGAAGAUCACAACAUCCUUUCGGUGAAACUUUCUUAUAUUGAAAUUGAAAAUAAACCAUAUAGAAAGCAGUUUUUAUGUUAUCUCUUUCACCGAGGUAUCUGUUUGGUUUCUCUUUGUAUUGGAGGGUCAUAUAGAUAUGAACUAGGAAACUAGAAUCAACCAAAAGAAGACAAUUUUUUUAGCCAGGUUCGUGGUACAUGCCUUGGAUCGGAGAGGAUUUACUUUUCUAAUUGCAUC